AUGAAAAAAUCACAUCGGACUGAGAAAUUCAUGGUGCUCUUUGGUGCCUUUAUAUCCCAACUGUUCAGCGCUGGAUUCGCCAACACCCUUGGGCUCUUCUAUGUGGAGUUUCUGGAGACGUUUGACACCAGCAGAGUACAAGUGGGCUGGGCCACUUCUAUCUGCAGCGGGCUAGUUUUUGGCGCGGGUCUAGGAUGCUGCCUGGUGUGUGUUUCGUCUGUGGUGGCGGUUGGACAUCAGUUUGGCAAAAGUCGCGGCGCGGCCUCUGCCUUGGCGGUUGUCGGGACUGGGGUUGGCGCCUUGAUAUUCCCCAUCAUCAUCCGGGAGCUCACGGAUUACUACGGAUGGAGAGGCGCCAUUAUGAUACUGUCUGCGCUUAUGUUAAACACUCUUCCAGCAGCUGGGAUGUUUGUAACACCAAGGGAAACUGAAAACAACAAGAAAGAGGGAUUGCACUUGAAGAAAGCUCUAUGCAGUUCCGCACUAAGGAAAAAUGCUGGUCUGAUUAACGAUGCUACGGGCAGCUACAAUAUAUCAUUUUAUAUCGCUGGGUGCUUGUGUUUCUUUAGUGUGAUAACCUUUGCUACUGUGUUAAAGCUUUCAAAAUGCUGUGGCAAACCUCAAUCGAUUGAGCAGACAAUGGAGGCCAUUGAAGUAGAAGUGAAGGAAGUUAUCGAAAAGGUGACCACUGCUUGA